AUGCGUCUCACGUACCAGAAAGAGAAAAAAACAACACAAAAGACAGCAAAAACAAUUUGGACCGACAGCUGCCAAAACAGCACCAAGAUUUCCUUCUCCAGCUUCAAACAAUCCUUCACAACCAAUGUCAAUUACCUGAAACGAAGGUUCUCCUCGGGGGACCUCUCCUCCGAGCUCGAUGGCCCCGAGGCCGCCGGCCAGCCGCCAGACUCGCUGAACCUGCGGCCCAACUCCAGGACGACGUCGGCGCCGUCGUCGCCCGCCAAGACCAGGGAGUCGCUGCUGCAGCGCGUGCAGUCGCUCACCGGCGUCGCCAAGGAGCACGGCUCGCAGAUCCUCGGCACCGCCGUGUCGGCCGCCAACGCCGUCAGGCCGUCCUACAACAAGGACCGGUGCUUCACGCUGCUCGUCAUCGACGACCAGAACACCGACUGGUCCAAGUACUUCCGGGGGCGCAGGCUGCACGGCGACUGGGACAUCCGCGUGGAGCAGGCCGAGUUCAGGGAGCUGUCGCUGACGGCCAACGUGGAGACGGGCUGCCAGGUCAGCAUGGCGGUCUACAGGAACGGCACCAAAGUAAUGAGGUCCUUCAGGCCCGAUUUCCUUCUGAUUCGUCAAAACUUGCGCGACGCCGGCGAGAACUUCGUCAACGUGCUGCUGGGGCUCAAGUUCGGCGGCAUCCCCUCCGUCAACUCCAUCAACGCCGUGUACAACUUCCAGGACAAGCCGUGGGUGUUCGGCCACCUGCUGCAGCUGCAGCGGCGCCUCGGCAAGGACAACUUCCCCCUCAUCGAGCAGACCUUCUACCCCAACUACAGGGAAAUGCUGAGCACGCCCAAGUACCCCGUGGUCUUCAAGGUGGGCCACGCGCACGGCGGCCUGGGCAAGGUGCGCGUCGACAGCCACGCCGACUUCCAGGACAUGGCGAGCGUAGUGGCGGUGGCGGGCACCUACUGCACCACCGAGCCCUACCAGGACUCCAAGUACGACAUCCACGUGCAGAAGAUCGGGCCCAACUACAAGGCCUUCAUGCGCAAGUCCAUCUCGGGCAACUGGAAGACCAACACCGGCUCGGCCAUGCUGGAGCAGAUCCAGAUGACGGACCGCUACAAGGUGUGGGUCGACGAGGUGUCGGAGCUGUUCGGCGGCCUGGACAUCUGCGCCCUGGAGGUGGUGGUCAACAAGGACGGCCGCGAGUUCAUCAUCGAGGUCAACGACAGCGCGCUCACGCUCAUGGGGGACUCGCAGGAGGAGGACCGGCGCCAGAUCGCCGAGCUAGUGGCGCACCGCAUGCAGCAAUUCUGCCGGCCGGUGUCCCUGACCAAGGCGACGUCGCGCAGCUCCGUGUCCAGCAGCGGCAUGGGGUCGCCGACGUCGGAGCAGGCGGGCAUCGGCGCAGGCGUGGACCUCACGGCCGUGGGCGGGGUGGCCAGCUCGGGCGCGGCGCCGCGGCGAGACUCUCAAGGUAUAAGGGCCCACCAGGGCCACCGAGGGACGUUACAGAGCCAGCACUCCACCGCGGGCUUGGUGACCAAGGCGCCCGCCCUUGGCUCGCCGCGCAACCCCCGUCGGUACAGCCUGCAGCCCCAGCGGACCGUGCACGGGGCGGCGGGGGCGACGGGCACGGGCGAGGACAACGAGGACACCAUGAAGAUCCUCCGCAACACCUUCGCGGGGCUGUUCGGCGACAUGUAAAGGCCGCGGCUGCCCCGGCUGCGCUUCACGUUGGUCCUGAUAGUGUUGUUGUAACUCACAUCUUUUAUCAUUACUAUUGUAUCAUUGUUCAAACUGAUGCAUGUUGUACGAUGCUCGAGUCGAAAGAUAUUUUUUUUGGUUUGUUGAGAGUGAAGCGGUCCGAAAGGCAGAAUUGAAAGAGAUCCAUUGUUGCCUCGCUCUGCUGAGGAAUGAGGGUGCUGUGGUAUGGUUACUAUUGUUUAAAUUAGCUAUGGUUUGUUUAAUUAAUUGAUUAUGCUAUCGUGUGAGCUGUACUGUAUCAUCUGAGUCAAUUUUAGCUUCUUUAAUAAAAAUGCUCCAAAAUGUUUUGGGAAUUCCUUCAGGCUAAAUGGAACAGUAUUUUGUGUUGAGACUGAAAGGAGAGCAGCACAAAGAGAAAAAUGCUUCCUUGCUAGUCAUUUUGCUCUGUCUUUGUUUGGCUGAUUCAAAACUUAAAUCUAUGAUGAGGAUUUGUAGUAUUCUGCUGGCAGUAAUACGUUCAAAAUUAAGUUCAUACUUGGGGCAAGUUGAAAAGGAUUUGUUUUUGGCAUUCCCUGUUAUAAUUUCUUUCAGAUCUCAUUUUUAAACCCAUGCUACACAGUCUCAAAUAUGGAAUAAAAAGAAAAGGACAUUGAUUCAGAAUAUCCAGAUAAUGCAAUGUGGUGCCUUAAAUUUAUGCUUUUCAAACAGAAUGUGCUUCUAUGUUAUUUGUUGACUAUGUUUUGAUAUUUAAAGUGAAUUUAUGUGGCAGUUGCUCUUUGAUUUUUAGCUAAGAAACCUUUGAGUGGGCCUGAGAAAAUGUUUUUGAUAAUUUUACGUAUGUGUUAAGUACUGUCUUGUACUCCUUGUCAUAUCAUUCCUGACUUCGUUAGCAUAUUUCAUGAGAUUUCUUUUGGUGGUGUACAGGACACAUGACAUUUUUAUUUUAUAAUUCAGUGAAUCCUUUGUGAACAAUUUGUAGAUAGUAGCACUGUGCUUUUCUAGAUUCUGAUAGAGGAGUGUGAAAAAUAUUUCAUGCUCUUUGAGCCUCAUAUACAUAUGAAUGUUACUCAGGUUGAGAAAGAUUCGCAUGAGUUGUUUCUUACUCUAUGAUGAGUUUAUCAGAUCUUCUAAUGACAUCACAGUUUCGUGACAAAAUGUAACUCAUGACAAUAUUUUACUUGAUUUAGUGUUAGAGUGCUUAAAUUAAUAUAUCCGUUUGAGCAUUACAAAUCCAUUCAAUGUUAUAGUUAUGAAUGUAUAAUCUUAUUUGAAUGCUUGGAUUCAAUUUUGAAUAACAUUUGAUUGAUUGAUGAAAUGCAGUAUUAGAAUGAGGAAAUGAUGAAUUAGGGGUAUGGGAGGAGAUGCACUGGAAUAAUUUGUGAGUCUUGAAGAGUUUAUCGUAAUGGCGGUAGCUCACAUGAAGUGACUUUAAUGGCCAGAUGUGGGCUAGUCAGCAAGAGAAAAUGCAUGCAUUAAAUGGAUCUUAAUGCUUCACCCUUAAGUUUGAUUAGAAGAAGUUUUCAUGGACCUGACAAAAGAAUCCAUAAAAUAUUUUUCUGCCCCGAAAGUUUUCUUAUUUUUAUUGAAACCUCUAAUCUAAUUUAAAUCUGAAAAUUUGACAGGGUCUGAUUUUAUUAAAGAUUCCUUGUAGACAUCUUGCAAAAUUUCCUCCUAAUUUCUUGAAUGGAAUGUUAAAGUUAACCAUUAUUGCCUUUCUCCGUUUCUCUUUCCCACAGCACCUCACAAUGCUAUGCUUCACAGAGAAUUAAUAUUUUCAGUGUAUCAUGUUCAGUGUAUCCUCCCUUCCCCUCUAAUAGAAUUUCUUCUCUUUUCAUAACCAUAUGCAAGCAGCAGAUACAUUUUUCAGCCUGUAUGAGUAAGAUGGAGCGAGUAGAAUUUGCUGAUGGCUGCAGCAUUAUAAUAUGAUUCAGAAUUUACUCUUUUUAAAUUUAUAAGUGGAGUGAUUGUUCAUUGCUUAUAUAUAGAAUGACACCUAUGUAUUGGAAAAUCCUGUUUACAUUGGUGUUGAUUGUUUUAGGAUAAAAAUAUUAGCAUUUGAGGGCUCUUCAUGGCUUCAUGAUUUUUAUUGCAACCGAGUAAUGUUGUCAAGUGCAUUACUUUCAGCUUUGGACUCAUAUUGGUGUCAAUUUUGACCUUUAACAGGUAUAUUUUCAAGAUUGUACAAAGCUUAUAAAAGGGAAAAAGAAAUUAGAAAAAAAAAUAUUUUGUUUCCUCUAUUGUUUUAUUCUAGGAAAAAAAAACACCAAUGCAAAUGUAAUGUUCACAGAUGUUUUCACUUGUAAGACUCCUCCAUAAGGAGGAAGCACUGUUUUUUAUUGUGUGAUAUUGCCGAGAGUAUAUGAGAUAUUAUUGGAUAUUAUGUGCUGAGUGGAGAAAAUGUGUAUGGUUGUGCUCCCUAUGAGAGCAAGAUAGAAAAUGACUGAAUGUGUGGAUAAUGUAGUUACACCAUCACUCGGCAAAGUAAAUUCAAACAGACCCUAAUUUUGUUUUCUCAAUAGCGUAUCAUAAAACCUAUUCCUGAUAAAGGUGGACGUGUUUAUGGAAUUAGUCCAUCUUCUGAUUUAUUUGUGUAAGCUUCACCACUAAAAUGUUAUUGGUAUAUGUGUAUCUUUAUUGUAAAGCUGCCACACUGCAUGAGCCAGGGCUCAAAUUUACUUAUUGAUAAUUCAUGUAUUGUAUUAUAUAUAUCUUGACUUCACCAAGUUAAGAGACCAGGGCUCAUAUGUAACCUUAGCUCAUGGACUCACAAUUUUCGAAAGUUGAUGUUAAACUAGAUCAGUUUUUCCUUUAAUUUUCUUUUACAUUAAUUUACUGCAGAAGUAACAUGGACUUCGUUAACCAGCAACACUUACUGUGAGGCCAAGAGCAAAUCCUGAACGAAUAGCAAUAUGAUCUUACUGCCAAACAGCUUCCCUAAUUAAUGAAAUGAUGGAAAAAUUUAUAUAGAAAGGUGCAUUAAAGCACAGCCCACCGGAGGGUAGUCUUUGGUACCUUGGAGUUUUUGUUGCUUUCUUUUGAGUUUGACCCUUUGUAUUGUUUAAAGGAAGCUUCAAUAUCAGUCAAGCCAUCAUGUAGACUUUUAAUAAAGGUGGAAAAAAAACACGCAAACUCAA